AUGGCAGCAGCAAACCACCUCAGAGAUGCUCUGAUGGGUCUAUUUGGCAAAUCGCUUCCAAAUGAGAUCGCUAUGAUGAUUCAGGUGAGCAAAGGCCCCAGCGUUCCUCAAAUAAUAAAGCUGCUGGACUGGUAUGAGACACGGAAGGAAUACAUACUGGUCAUAGAGCGGCCCACGCCUUGCACAGAUCUGCGUAAGUAUUUAUUGCAGAAUGAUGGCAGAAUCAGCGAGUCAAAAGCACGAGCUGUGAUGCAUCAAGUUGUUACUGCUGCAAGAAUAUGCUUUGAAAGGGGAAUCUUUCACAGCGACAUCAAGCUUGAAAACCUGCUAAUCAACGAGAACAGCUUACAGGUCAAAUUAAUCGACUUCGGUGUUAGUAGAAGCUUGAAGAAGUCUGGUUAUACGAGGUACAUUGGUACAAUUUACGCUCCCCCUGAGGCUUUCCACAAAACAUGCAGGUACCACGCCAAGCCGGCAACAGUAUAUUCUUUAGGCAUACUGUUGUACUUGAUGCUGUUUGGGAAGUACCCUUACAUUAUGGAACCUAAGAUCUUUGCCAGGACCUUGAAAACAGCAGAAAUUUCCAAAGGUGAGAGCAUGUGGACGGAUCCUACAGGAACUUUUAUUACAGCUUAAGAUAAUGUGAUCAGUUACACAAAGUAUAAAACUU